AUGCAGGCGACUGGUAAUGUCGGAUCGCCCAUCUUGACUAGCCUUCUUGAAGCUGGUUUCAAAGUUACCGUAAUCGCUCGAAAGGAGGGUAAAACGUACCCCUCGGGCGUGUCAGUCAAGAUCGUCAACACCGAUUCGGUCGCGGCGAUCACCGAAGUCCUUCGUGGUCAUGAUGCCGUCGUGGAUGCAACUUCUGGUCCUGACCCUACCCUCCCGGGACGGAUCGUUGAGGCUGCUGCCUCCGCAGGAGUGAACCGUAUUGUCCUAAGCGAGUUCAGUGUCGAUCCCGAGGAUCCUAUAGCUCGCUCGCCGCUUGUGCAUCACGGCAAGAACCAAGCUUUCCAGCAGGUCAAAGAACUAGCCGCUAAGGGAAAGAUUACAUGGACCACUGUAUCCAACGGAGCCUUCUUGGAUUGGAACUUGAGAACCGGCUUCAUCAACGUUGAUAUUCGCAGCAAGAAGGUCCAAUACAUCAACGAUGGCACGCUUCCGUUUCCUUGGACAAUGCUUUCUUCGGUCGGUACUGCCGUUGCAAAUGUACUCAAAAAGGCACAAGAGACGGAGAACCGCUGUUUGUACAUCUCUAGCGUGAUCAAGAGUCAGAAGCAAAUGGUGGACCUGGCGAAGGAGGUUCUAGGUAGUGAUGGGUGGGAGGAGACAAAGCAAGACAUGGAUCAAAAGUUGAAGGGCGCGACUGAGUCCAUGAUGGCCGGCAAAGUCGACAUUGGUGUCAUCGGCGAUAUGAUUCGGUGGUCUGCAGGCACGGUACCGGCGCCACGCUGGAAGCAGUUGAAUGACAACAAGUUAUUGGGUGUGGAACGAAUGAAUGACGAUGAGGUGCGUAAGCUGAUUCGAGACAUAGCUUCGGAGAGCUAG